UGCCUGCAGAGAGAGUGGAGGGGGUGGGGGCGCUGGGGAGGUAAGCCAGCCAUUUGCAGCUCCUGACCUUGUCUAAGUCUCUUGUAUCUUACGUGCUUAGACUGUUAUGAUUGUCCCCACUCUACAAGUGAAGAAACCAAGGCCCAGAGAUUCCCCUCUUGUCUGUGGGUCAGGCCGUGCUUCCGAGGUUCUGCAUCAGCCACAGCACCCAGGGCUCAGCACCUGGCACCCAACGGGCUCUCAGUUAACCUGCUUCACCUCUCCUAUCAGGUCUCUCUGUGGGUGACCCUGGACUACCCUAUUGACCUCUCUGGGCAUUACCUCACAGCCGUCAGGAGGACCAGGCUGAUGCUGGUAUGAAAGGGGUCUGGAUCCAGCUCUGGGUCCUUUACACGUGUUCAGAAUCCGGCCCCCGCAACCCCCGCCAACUUGGGGGGGAGGCAGCCGCUCACCUGCCGUGUGACUUCAGGCAAGAGAUGCCCCUCCGUGGGUCUCCACCUCCUCGUGGGUGAAGUGAGCAUGCAGGGCUGGAUGCUCUCCCAGGGCCUUUCCCGUGUGACCCCAGCCGGCCUGGGGACCCUGAGUCAAAGCAAGGUCCCAGUGCGGGCUACCAGCCUGACCCCUCCUGGACGGACUCAGCGAUUCUAAUGACCCCCAGGUGCUCACUGACCUCUGCGUUCUAUACCACUUGGUUCCUCCAAAACCCUGCUCGGCGGGUAUCGUUCUGAUCCCACAGUAGGAAAAGUGGAGGCCCAGAGAGGUGCAGUGCCUUGCCCGAGGCCACACAACCCGGAGAAGACAGAGAUGGGACUCAAACCCAGGCUCGACUCCCUCCGGUGCUCCUUCCUUCCCAUAGCCCACCUGGGGGCCCAGCAUCGCGAGGGCAGAAUCCCUUCUGCUCCCUUCCCGUCUCCCUAGCCUCUGUGUACUAUUCUUGCCAGGCAGAAGAAGGUGGCGGGUAGAACGGAGGAAGAGUUGGAGACGGGCACAGGGAGGUUUUCUCCUGGACAGUGUUCAGCUAGGCUCGGGCUUGGCAUUCGCUUCGGACACUGACAAGCCGGGUCGUGGUGUCAGACCACCCACCCACGUCUCACCAGCGCCUGCUCCCUGCCGGGCCCGGGGCUGGUGGCCUCGACACCCAGAACUGCUCCGGCCCCAUUUCUGCCUCAGAGCUCCCUGUCAGAUGGGGAGACGACGAGGAAAUAGACGAUCACAAGAUGGGGGGGGGGGGGGAUGUGCGAGGGUGGGCGGCACCCAUGACGUUCUACGGAUCAGGGAGGGCUUCCUGGAGGAGGAGUUGUCUGGGCCCAGGGCAGAAGGAUGAGGAGGAGUCUGCCAGAUAAAGUCAGGGGGAGACGUGUCACGGGGCGUGGGGUUGCCCAGGGGCCAUACGGUGUGGGAGGGAGGAAGUGAAAGAAACUCCGCGUGGCUGAGCUGCCAGAUGGGGGCGGGCAGUGAUGGCAGACGGGCCUCAGGUGCCACGCAGGUGGGCCUGGACCCUGUUCAGGGAUAGUAAGGGGCCAUGGAAGGUUUUCAUCUGGGUGGUGACGUGGUCACAGUCACCGGUGGAAAGAACCUCCAGUUGCUGUGAAGAGGAUGAGCGGAGGCCAGCAGAGAAGCAUUCUAGGCCCUUCCCCGGUGUGUGUGUGGCGGGAAGGCUAUUUAAGAGGCCCGUGUUGAAGGGCAGGAUUGGCAGGGGUGGCGUAGGAGGGUCUCAGGGUAGUGCCGGUGAAAGGCCAGGGUCCUACUUGGGACUUUCUGGAACUCAGUUACACCCCAAGAGCCUGGGUGGCUCUGAGGACCCUCCCAGCCCAACGGCCACGGUGGCUGCCCCUCUCAGGGGAUCUCUUCAAGUGCCACCUUCCCCCUCCUGUCCCACUCCUUGCUUCCCUCCGGGGUGCCAGAGCCCCUGGCUAUACGGGCCCCAGGAGCUGCUGGGGGCUCCAGAGAAGCCUGGGGCUUCUCUGCACGUCGGCCUGAGUCACAGUGAGAGUUCCAACGGUAGUUCGGCAGGAAUACGUGAGCACCUGCUGUGUGCCAGGCCCUGGGCACUGGCACGCAGGCAGAGGGCAAGACAGAAUGUCUGCUGUCGUGGAGCUCGCGCUCCAAUGGCAGCACGAGGAGGCACGAGGAGGUCUGGAGGCAGACACUGAACCUAUAUGUGCAAUAGAUGUCAUAACAAUUCCAUAUAGUGGAAAGUACCAUGAAGAAACGUGAGGUAGGAAAGGGAAAUGGAGAGAGAGAGAGAGAGAGAGUGUGUGUGUGUGUGUGUGUGUGUGCACGUGUGUGUGUGUAUCCAGGGCUGGGAAUUCUAAAUGGAGUGAGAACAUGAGAUUUGAAAAGAGCCCCGAAGGUGAGGAAGCAAGCCUUGUGGCCAUCUAGGGGAAGGGAAAGCCAGGCCAGGAGAACAGGCAGUGCAAAGGCCCUGGGGAGGAGUGGGCGUGGUUUGUUGAGGAAGAGCAAGGAGGAGGGUGUGGCUAGAGCAGCGCAAGGGAAGGGGAGCCAAGCAGAAGCUGAAGUCAGAAGCGUGUGCUGGGGCCACAUCACGCAGUGGUCUGUGGGCCAUCGUGAUGACUUUGACUUUGACUCCCAAGAGAGAUGGGGGCCACGGGAGGGUCCCGAGGGAGAAGUAACAUGAGUGACCUAACACACUCUGUGGGGGAAACUGAGGCACAGAACAGUUACCCGAUCUACCAGAAUCGGAGGUAGUGAGUGGAACCGCCAUCAAAAAGCUCCAGGUGUGUCUGGCACCCGGGUCCAGGCACUUGCGUUUCUCGGGGCCCGUGGGAAGGUAUCAGAGGCUGAGCUGAGGCUGUGAGGUGUGUCCCUCAGAAAGCUCGAGAAACCAGGGCUUGCCCUCACUUGCCCCUGCGGUCAUACUGGGUACUGCUAAUGAGAAUUGAUAGGAUGCUGCAUCUGAGGUCACAGGGCGUCUUCCCGCCCUGUCCUCUGUGCUCCUCACCCCCCCCCCCCACCCACUGCCUCCCUGUGGGUGGUAACAGAUGAGGAAGUGCGGGCUAACAACGAAUGGGGGAGAAGAUCCGAUGUGCAGGGACAGAGAGGACUGCUGUUUUAAAAGGGGGCUUGGGGAGACCGUCACCUUCGUGGGCACUGGACUCCGGAAUGCAUUCUCCAUAUCUCCCCAGUGUCAGUGUUUGGCAUACCGUAGAUGCUCAAUAAAUAGUUGCCGAAGGAACAUGGAGGUUUCAGGCCUAUGGAGGAUACACUGAAGGCCCCUGGGCCCCUCCUCAGUUGAGGUACGACUGCCCUGUCUGACCAGGGUGGUGCUGAAUUCGUGCUCGCGGCUGCCGGGCAGAGGAAGCUUCUCCAAGACAAACUUUGGUGAGGAAGGCUUGGGCUGGGGAAGAGGGAGGAGGGGACUAUGUUUUUUUUGGGUGUUUUGGUUUAUUUUUUUAAGUUUCUUUAUUUAUAUUAUUCAUUAUUUUUAAAUGUUUAUUUCUUUUUGAGAGAGAGAGAAACAGAGUGCAAGCAGGGGAGGGGCAGAGAGAGAGGGGGACACAGAAUCCGAAGCAGGCUCCAGGCUCCGAGCUGUCAGCACAGAGCCCGAUGCGGGGCUCAAACUCACGAACUGCGAGAUCAUGACCUGAGCCCAAGUCGGAUGCUCAACUGACCGAGCCACCCAGGCGCCCCUAUUUAUUAUUAUUUUUUAAGUCUCAGCCCAGAGGGCACCUUCUGCAAACAUGUCUGUGGACCCCUUGUCCAGCAAAGCCCUGAAGAUCAAGCGUGAGCUGAGCGAGAACACGCCGCACCUGUCAGACGAGGCCCUGAUGGGGCUGUCGGUGCGCGAGCUGAACCGGCACCUGCGCGGGCUCUCGGCCGAGGAGGUGACGCGGCUCAAGCAGCGACGUCGCACGCUCAAGAACCGCGGCUACGCGGCCAGCUGCCGCGUGAAGCGCGUGUGCCAGAAGGAGGAGCUGCAGAAGCAGAAGUCGGAGCUGGAGCGCGAGGUGGACAAGCUGGCGCGCGAGAACGCGGCCAUGCGCCUGGAGCUCGACGCGCUGCGCGGCAAGUGCGAGGCGCUGCAGGGCUUCGCGCGCUCGGUGGCCGCCACCCGCGGCCCGGCCGCGCUCGUGGCGCCAGCCAGCGUCAUCACCAUUGUCAAGUCGGCCCCCGGCCCGGGCCCCGCCUCCGCCCCCGCCCCCGGCCCCGCCCCCGCCGCCUGCUCCUAGUGCCCGCCCCGCCCGGCCACGCCCAUUCCAGGCCACGCCCCUCCGACCCCCGCUUCCUUCCCAAAGUGCCUAAGCGUGGCCUCUGUCCCUUGGUGCCAUUUCUCUGCAGCCACCAGCUCUUGUGGUGACCACAUGUUCCCUCCCGAGCCUGCUGUCUUCCUCGUUGUAGCCCCUAUAACCGGGACCCAAUAGGUGGCCCUGGGGUGGGGCACCUUUGGUGAGAAUGGUAGGGUGGGGUUGGCGCCUGGGGUCUCUUUUGGCGGAGAGUCCUGCCUUCUUGGACUGGGAGGAUGGAAUACAGAGCAGAUUAGAGAAGGGCUGUCGGGGAGAAGAGGGCCACCCCUCAUUGUGUAACCUGUUGGCUCAGAUCGUGCCACAGCCCGCCUCCCCCCAGGAUUUAGGAACACGUCCUCUCCCGGGGCUGAGAAGUGAAGGUCAGUUAACAGAUGGGGACACCGUCCUCCAGCAGACAUGCCAGUGCCCAAGGCCAUCUGUGCUUGGUGGUUGAGCUGGGAAAGCUAGGCUUUCUUACUGCUGCCCCGAGAUUCCAGCCAGGGGAUCCCGCCGGGGGUUGGCAGGGGGCUUGUGGACACGGACUGGAAAGGGUGAUGGAAGGGCCUCCCUGACCCGGGAGCCGCCUCUGUGAGUUAGGGGAAGAGAAGUAGAAGGCCAGAGAAGGUGAUACAGAUGUAAGAGAUCGAAGGAGCUGGCCAGCCAAAGAGAAAGGGGACCAAGGAGGUGACCACCCACUGUGGCAGGUGGGAAGACAGAUGCUCAAGUCCUGCAGCCAGGGGUGGGGGUCCUGAGAAGGGAAGGGUCCCACCCCUCCCCCUGGGAAUGUCCACCGUGGCUUAGGGGCUGGCCACUGUCGUUGAUUGCCAUUCUCCUGGGAAGCCCAGCCCCAGCCCCAACCCUCCCUGCGCCUCCCUCUCCCCCCCUCCCCGCCCCACAAUACGGUUGUUCCUCCCCGCUGUUUAUUUAUUGCACGAAUCUAAGUUAUUCUCCCCAGCCAGAAACCUAGCACCCACUCCCUGGGAAAAGCGGUGUGUGGCCCUGCGCUGGACUUUAUAUUUUAUAUCUGCAAAUAAAUCACAUUUUAUCUUAUAUUUAGGGAAAGCCGGAUGGCAACGACCAAAAAAUGUUAAAAAAAAAAAAACAAAAAAAAAACGCAAAAAAUUCACCCGGCCCCUAGAAUUUAUUUAUUUUCUGACUUACAGUAAGCGACUUAUCCGCCUUCUGUAUUUUGUAGACUUUCUGAAUAAAGUCGAGUUCUCUUUUUCCACGGAGAAGU